CCUUUAAGAAAAGUAGCAGGACGAUGCGGCAAAUGUGCAGCCAAAUAAUACCAUAGCAACCACCGGGAUCGGCGGGUAGCAGCCAGCCAAAGUUAGCCUUGCCGUGUUCGGCAUAUCCUACCAUUUCGAUCCCGCGAAGAACAGUAGUUUGUUGUUGGCUUCUUCGUUAUGAAGAACGUGACGCUUUCGGCUUCUUUUGUCGGGCUGCUGUUUUGUGUGUGUACAUUCAAAAAAAGCUCGCCUUUCUUUUCACAAUGGAAAAUUGACUGCAAAAGUGUAUAAAUAAAUCUGCAUGUUCUCAAGUGCCGGGCGUCAGGUUUGUGAGUGUGUAUCUGUGUGUAUUGUAUUCCGUGUGUUUACGAACUUUCGAAUUCGUUCGGGUUUGUGUGUGUGUGUGUGGUAGCAGCAUUUGGUGCGUGUGGUGCGAAAUAAAAUGCCCGCAAAAAAAACUUUUCCCUGUGAGUGAUUGCAAAUGUUCGAUCCGUGUAAACAAUGCAAUAACAAUACACCCACGCCAAGAUGGGUUUGGCUUCCCGGGGCAGGGAAUGGAAAAGAGUGUGAUAAAAAAAAUAAAAAUAAACAGAGCGCGCGUUAGAUUAGUGAAGGCCGUUCGCUGUUCGUGAAAAUGAUGGCCAAAAUGUGUGAAGUGUUCUGUAAACAACAAACAACACCGUAUCCAGUUUUUCGGUGAUUUAGAAACCGAUAGGAGGUGAACUUGCGCCACGGUGCUUCUAGAGGGGACAAUAAAUUACGCGCGCCCAAGAACAAACCACAAGCAGUGUAGUUAACUAGCAAGCAAUGGGAAGAAACCAGCAGCGAACGAUGGAGUGCAAAAUAAUAAUAAAAAAAGUGUACCACCAACGAAUCUCAGUCGGUGAAAUCGAACGUUGUAAGAUAACACCCCCGCAAUAAAAAGAGUAACACGUGGGGAAACACAUCCCUGCAAAUCUCUCAACCGCCGCGUCCCCACGGUCCUCCGUCUGCUCACCCAUCACUCACCCCUGCAGUCCCGGUACUGCAAACCAGUGUUUGUACGUUUCGAUGUGGAAUUUGUGCAACCGUCGGUUGGCAGCCCCGAGCCCUAUUUUCGAUUCUUUCAGCCUCGCGUCCGGUUUUAUCCCACACGCUCUUAUCGUCCUUAUCGUCAUGAUCAUCGAUUGGGUCAUUUCCCGGCAGGCCCGCAGCAUCAUUGUCAACAGUGUGUUUCACAGCACCAGCAGCGAGUGUUUGUGCUUUUUGUUUUCCUUUGUACGUUAAACCAACAGCCAACAAACAUGGCAGCGCAUACCAGCGGUGAAAUAAACAAUCGCAACACAAGGUCACGCAGUGAAAUGCGCCACCGGCACAGCUAAGCCAUUAUUUGCAAGAACAGUGAAAAUGCAGCAAACAAAAAAGUGAAACAGCAGCAGUGGCUCGUUGUAUCGCUACAAACAAUGUGAGAACGAGUGUGGUUCAAUCAAACGUGGUGUCGAACAACGGACCAUGAGAGACCAAAGAAUCAUCUGUUUCACCACGGACUAAAACGAACCCUGCGGUGGGAAAUGUGUGCCUGGAAAAAAUGUGAAACGAUCGGGCAAAAUAUAUAACGAAAGGCUAUUUUUCCAUCACACCUCGGGCCUUAGUGGUAACCAGUGGCGGCGAGAGAUUCUCAUUGUCGGUGUUUUUUUUUCAUCGCUAUCAAAUAAUCCCUAAAUCGUUUCGAGAAUAAAUCAUCCCGUAUCCCGUCGGUUGCGAUGACGAACGAGUCUAAAAUUACGCCAACCGAGCUACCGGGGCUGCAUCAUCAGCUGCCGAUGCUGAUGCCCGACGGGACGUUGGGCAACAGCUCUUGGACGGAUCUGCUGAACUAUACCUUCGAAAAUGAGGCACUAUACCACGUCAACACGUCAACCAUCGAGCGAAUCGUCUCGCUGAUGGUGCCAGUAUUCUUUGGCUUCAUCGGACUCGCCGGCCUGCUCGGCAAUGGGUUGGUUGUGUUGGUGGUUGCCGCGAACCAGAGCAUGCGAUCGACCACCAACUUGCUGAUCAUCAACCUGGCAGCGGCUGACUUGCUGUUCGUCGUGUUCUGCGUGCCUUUCACUGCCGUCGACUACGUGUUGCCCGAGUGGCCCUUCGGAGAGUAUUGGUGCAAGUUUGUCCAGUACAUGAUCGUCGUCACGGCACAUGCCAGCGCGUACACACUCGUCCUGAUGUCGCUGGAUCGGUUCCUGGCAGUGGUACAUCCCAUCACCAGUAUGUCCAUUCGUACCGAGCGAAAUGCUUCACUUGCUAUUUGCUUGACGUGGUUUGUCAUCCUAACGACGGCCAUACCGGUGGCCAUCUCGCACGGAGUGCUGUUCUAUCCACGCCAGGGUGGCUAUUAUACGGCAUGCCUUUUUCUUCACAAUGAAGGCUACAGCUUAGUUGCCUUUCAUGUGUCAUUUUUCCUGUCAUCGUACGUGGUGCCUCUGUCGCUCAUAUCCUUCCUGUACAUGGGCAUGCUGGCACGGCUAUGGAAAGGUGCCCCCGGAGGCCGUGCCUCGGCGGAAUCCAGGAGAGGCAAGAAGCGUGUAACCCGCAUGGUGGUCGUCGUGGUGCUGGUCUUUGCAUUCUGCUGGUGUCCAAUACAGGUGAUCCUGCUGCUAAAGUCACUGAAGCUGUACGGGCUGACCCACGCCAGCAUCAUCUUUCAGAUUGUGUCGCACGUGCUGGCCUACACCAACUCCUGCAUCAAUCCCGUACUGUACGCCUUCCUGUCGGACAACUUCCGGAAAGCGUUUCGCAAGGUGAGCAAGGUCGUCUGGUGCGGUAAGCCUCCACCACCAACCAUCCCGCCCGCGGCCCAAACCAAGACGACGCGCACCACCGGCAACGGCACCUCGAACGCGGACGCCUUAUGAGCCGAGGAGCCGGCCGUCGACGAGGCCAGAUUUAUGGUGGAGAAGUACAUCGAAAUCGCGAGUGUCUGAGCGACGGCCCCCGGCCAGCCCGGCCAGUCCGCGCGUGCCGAACGGUUCGACUUUUGCUGAAGCGGUCCCGCAGCUCCCGAGCGGCGGCAUCAGGAGGGAGGCAGAUUGGCCUCCUGCUAGUGAAACAUGUCUGUAAAUAUUAAUUUUCUUCUGACUUGUGUUUCGUUUUUACGGCAUGUACACACACACUCACAGCUGCUGCUAGAUAAAUAUACUUCCCCGUUUGAAGGCAGGAGCGAGUGUUUGCCUCCUGCCAAGUGUGUGUGUGUGUGCGUCUGCCAGCUCCACCUUAGGUGGUGAUACUUACUGGCCUCGCGCAUAACUUCCACGCGCACGGCCUCCAUCCUAGCCCCAAAUAUAGAAGCCAAGCGAAAGUAUAGCCCCAUGCUUUUGUCCAUACAGACCCACACAACCACAACAACGACCUCUCGGAACACUCCACGAGACACCGCGAAAUUCAUUUGCACUUCGGUGCGCCGACUUCGAACAUCUCAGCUAUCAGCCCCCCUGGGAUGCUUCGGAAUGGCCAAACCCUCCCCGAAGUGGUCCGGUGGUCUCGCGGUGCUCGCUGGACUGUCGCUUCCCCCGCCCGCUCCGAACCAUCGCCCUCGGCUUCGUGGUUUUUUUUUGCGUGAUCGCUGGCCCCAACGCGAAACGCAAAACCCCGCGCGGGUGAUUGAUUUCGGUGGCAAUCAACCGGUGGCGAAUGUGAUUGCGUCAAACUUGUCCGGACCGCUCCCGUUGUCUUUGCUGUAAUAGCAGCAGUUCCUGACCUUCGCCGAGCCGGACUCGGUGGUCGUUCGGUGCGUCAAACAACCGCAGCAUCCGCUGCUUCUUCACCGCAGGGAAGAACGCUGGGAGCGCACCGCCGUGAAACAAACAAACAAACAAACCCGGCGCGCGCGCGCUCGGUUACUUGGGAACUUGGGUUCCACCGUGUUCCCGGGAAGACCUGCGGUUGACAGGUCGAGUGACCGAGUGACGCGUUGCUGUGUGUGGUUGGCCCUUGCAAUGACACACGCGCAAACGCACGCUCGUCUGCCCAUUUCAUUACGUGCUCCUUACCGCCCACUGGGAGCAUCUAAUGAUAUUGUUUGAUGGGCAUGUAUGUGUGUGCGUGUGUGAGUGUAUCAUGGCCACCACUAAAUUGAAACCGUUGCAAUAACGGCAACAUAAUCAUAAUCCGAAACGCCGGAUUUCUAAUCAGUAUAGGCGCUCCAAAUGUCUUCUCCUCCGCCCGGGGUUGCCCUUAGAAACUGGUGACAUCGGUGAAGAUGCGCCACCCCGGAGCUUGUGAGACAUUUGAUUUAGUGUUUAAGUACGUGUGUGUAUGUGUGUGAGUGUGUUUACGUUUGAGUGAUAGUGUGGCGCCGCCUGUCCCAGCAGAUCGAUGAUUUCUAAUUAUAAGCCUAUUAAGCAGUAAAGUUCCCGGUUCCCUUUUGAGUUGCGCCCCGGCGAAAUUACCCGGCCGCCUCAGGGCAGCAGAACCUGUGCGGUGCUGCAGUGUCGGUUCGGUUUGCAGGCACCUGGGGGGAAGAGGGAGUGGACCGAUUAGCAAACCGUUCAACAUGGCCGAACCGAAAAGUGAUUAGCGUGUAUCGAUGCACAACGCGGCCGUGCGAUUAAUCGCCGCCAGCCGGCCCAAUUUCGAAUGCUCAAGCAACCGUUGUUGAACGCACUAAUCGCCCUGCGGUGUUAAAUGAUGUGUUUCUGUAUGUGUGUGUGUGUGUGUGUGUGUGUGUGUGUGUGUGUGUGUGUAUGUGUGUGUGAGCGUGACUCCACUCGGACAUAACGUCGCCCCAGGUGUUUCGGGCGGCAUUAGUCGAAGAUUUGUCUGCUCUACUAGUAGUCUUUGGGGUCUUGGAAGUUCAGGAACAUCCGGCUCGCGACAACCUGCUGGGGCAAUGGUGCAUUUUAUGAGGCUACAGAUCAUUAGUUCACAUGCGCUAUUGGCGAUGCUGUUGGCCAUGCUGUGCCAACCGGCUGACGUCAGUCCGACAUAGUUGAUGUGCGACGGCGAACGAUGUUGAAGCAUGGCCGGACUCUUUCAUUUGAAACCCUUGGGAAGAGACGGAACUGACAGAGAAUAUUAAUUUAACACAAAAACUCACACACACACACACACACACACACACACACACAAAUUUGCUAUAGACGUACACGCAGGUAACGUAAUACAUUUAUCCGCGCCUGUCCUACGUUUUUUAACCUUAAACGGCGCUCCUUUUGUAAUAGUGCACUGGUACGAGAAGUGGCUAGAAACUGUACAUAUUAAAAUCAGGCAUGUAAUCUCCGAUCCGAACAGUCGAACAGUGAACAGCUUCACUCCGAAACGUGCGUACCUUCCGGUUGUUAGUUGUUGAUGAAAUUAUUGCGUCCCGAUCCCGACGCGGUUCGGUUGGCGGUUCUUGUUACGUAAACUGUUGCCUAUUACGUGCACAACUGGAAGGCGUUGUUGGACCAGUUUCUGGAGCUGGAGGCACGAGUACACGAGAUAGUGUAGUUUAAUCCCGUUUAGAUGAUGGUGUUUUUUCAAUGCAUAAAUGGAAGAUUUUUAACUUGUACUAACUAAUUGAGAAUAUUUAAGCGAGUAUGUCAAAUGUUUACUACACCGUGCUAGGCACGUUAAGCAAAUGUGUAUGAUACAUUUUUUUAAAAAUUGCUAUAUCUGAAAUGUAAAAUAUUUGCUGUACUGUAAGUCCGUUUCUCCAUUGUAUCGAUGUAAAAAUGCAAACCGUAUUCUCUUCUGUGUACAAAAAAAUAAUGUAUGUUUUUAGACUAUGAAUAUAUUAAUAAAUUUACUCCACUUUUUA